AUGCGGUGGCCUGCGCUGUUUCUACUCCCAACGUUAGCUCUCGCCUACUGUCCUGAGAUAUUCAAAAAUCAGACAGCCUGCUCAUGUUUCGAUUACUUGGACGGUUCCGUGAUUCGCUGUUCUGGGCAGGAAGGACCAAUCAUGGUCGAGCAAAUGAAAAAAUCUCAUUUUGAAAUUAGGGAGCUAACACUGGAAAACGCCAACAUCGUCGAAAUUGGACCUCGAGCCUUUAAAAAUCUUCGUAUAAAGAAGUUGGUUCUGGAUAAAAACCGUAUCAAAGUGUUGCACAAAGACGCAUUCCGAGGACUUGAAAAUGUACUACAGGAGUUGUCCAUUGCACAGAACAAGUUGCCAGAG